AAGUCUAAACCUACACCAUCGACGCCUCCCCACCACCAGCAGUUACUGCCCGAUUUUGACAUCGACGUACUUCACUGCGAUUCUCUAGAGCCAUUCAGAAGGGAGAAUCUGAAUGUCUUGUAUAACCUUAAAGCUUGUACCUUCACUGCGACUCACAAACAACGCCCAGAACAGUGUUGGGUUCAGGAGUAGUAGCUGUUGCUUCAGUAACUCCUCCUCAUCGGCAGUCAAUUUGGAAUCUCUUAAGUUGACUCCGGUCUCCGACCAUGUUCGUAUCCGGGAUUUGGGUCACCCCAUUAACGGCGUUGGAUCAUUCUCCAGCUUGUUUAGGUUCGAAGCCGGAAAAUCAGAGCCGUCACGCUCCGUCCGUGCUCGGAUAGGUAGUGACGGUGCUGCUGGAGAGAGGGUGAUUGUUCUGGUUGUAGGUGGAGGAGGAAGGGAACAUGCUCUUUGCUAUGCUUUGCAGCGUUCGCCCACCUGUGAUGCCGUCUUUUGUUCCCCAGGAAAUGCCGGGAUUUCCAAUUCUGGGGAUGCCACUUGUGUACCUGAUCUUGACAUCUUUGAUAGUUCAGCAGUUAUAUCAUUCUGCCGUAAAUGGGGUGUUGGAAUGGUAGUAGUGGGGCCAGAAGCUCCUCUAGUUUCAGGACUUACAAAUGAUCUUGUAAAAGCUGGAAUCCCUACUUUCGGCCCAUCAUCAGAGGCUGCUGAGUUAGAAAGUUCCAAGAACUUCAUGAAGAAUUUAUGUGAUAAAUAUGGAAUUCCUACUGCGAAGUACCAAACAUUUUCAGAUCCAUUUGCUGCAAAGCAAUACAUUGAAGAGCAAGGUGCACCUAUUGUUAUCAAAGCUGAUGGACUGGCUGCUGGGAAAGGAGUUAUUGUCGCCACGACUGUGGAGGAAGCAUAUGAGGCUGUUGAUUCAAUGCUUGUGAAGGGAGUUUUUGGUUCUGCAGGUACCCGUGUCGUUAUUGAGGAAUUUCUUGAAGGAGAAGAAGCAUCUUUCUUUGCCUUGGUGGAUGGAGAGAAUGCCAUCCCUCUUGAAUCUGCUCAGGACCAUAAACGGGUUGGUGAUGGUGACUCUGGACCCAAUACUGGUGGAAUGGGGGCAUACUCUCCAGCACCUAUCUUGACAAAAGAACUUCAGUCUUUUGUAAUGGAAUCUAUAAUUCUCCCAACGGUGAAAGGAAUGGCUGCAGAAGGCCGCAAAUUUGUCGGGGUUUUGUAUGCUGGGCUCAUGAUUGAGAAGAAAUCUGGUUUACCCAAGCUGAUCGAGUAUAAUGUGCGCUUUGGAGAUCCAGAGUGUCAGGUGUUGAUGGUCAGAUUGGAGUCUGACCUCGUACAAGUGCUCCUUGCAGCUUGUCGAGGAGAGCUAAGCGGGGUUACAUUGAAUUGGUCCCCAGGGUCUGCAAUGGUGGUGGUAAUGGCAAGCAAGGGUUAUCCCGGGUCUUAUGAGAAAGGAACUGUUAUCCAGAACCUUGAAGACGCUGAACAAUCUGCACCAUCUGUCAAGAUAUUUCAUGCUGGAACAGCUCUUGACACAGAUGGAAAUUUCAUCGCAACUGGUGGGCGUGUUCUAGGAGUUACUGCCCAGGGAAGAGAUCUUGAAGAGGCAAGGAAUAGGGCUUAUCUGGCGACCGAGAAUAUCAUCUGGCCUGAAGGAUUUUAUCGACGAGAUAUCGGUUGGAGAGCGCUUCCACAGGAGGUAUUUGUAGUGAAGAAAUAAAUCGAUAUGAAGAUAAUCGGGGCGGCCUGUUUAUGAUCACAAAUGUAUAAUUAUCGAGUGAUCAAGAAUGAUUCAUUCGUAUUCCUCAAUAUCUAUGAACAAAAGAAGGCUUUUUUGUAUGUGUGGGCAACGGUUGCAGCUCAUACAAUUGUUUUCUUCUACUGUAUGGGAAAACCUUGUUUUUUUGGUUGGUAACUAACAAGUUCUAAAGAAAUGGAACUUCUACAA